GUUAUAAAGCAGCUAAAUGGAGUCUGAGCAGCUGUUUCAUAGAGGCUAUUAUCGAAACAGUUACAACAGUAUAACUAGUGCAAGCAGCGAUGAGGAGCUUUUAGAUGGAGCAGGUGUAAUUAUGGACUUUCAGACCUCUGAAGAUGAUAAUCUCUUGGAUGGUGAUGCGUCGAUUGGAACUCAUUAUACGAUGACAAAUGGAGGAAGUAUCAACAGUUCAACACAUUUACUGGAUCUUCUGGAUGAACCAAUUCCUGGAGUAGGAACAUAUGAUGACUUCCAUACCAUUGACUGGGUUCGAGAAAAGUGCAAGGACAGAGAAAGGCAUAGACGGAUUAACAGCAAGAAGAAAGAAUCAGCAUGGGAGAUGACAAAAAGUUUGUAUGAUGCAUGGUCAGGAUGGCUAGUAGUAACACUAACUGGUUUGGCAUCAGGGGCAUUGGCAGGAUUAAUUGACAUUGCUGCUGACUGGAUGACUGACUUAAAGGAAGGCAUUUGCCUUAGUGCUUUGUGGUUUAACCAUGAACAGUGUUGUUGGGGUUCAAAUGAGACCACAUUUGAAGAAAGAGAUAAAUGUCCGCAGUGGAAGACAUGGGCAGAACUAAUAAUUGGGCAAGCAGAAGGUCCAGGUUCAUACAUAAUGAACUACAUAAUGUACAUUUUCUGGGCUUUGAGCUUUGCCUUCUUAGCAGUUUCUCUGGUGAAGGUAUUUGCUCCCUAUGCCUGUGGCUCAGGGAUACCUGAGAUAAAAACUAUUUUGAGCGGCUUCAUCAUCAGAGGUUACUUGGGGAAGUGGACUUUGAUGAUAAAAACAAUUACUUUAGUCUUGGCUGUCGCAUCAGGUUUGAGUUUAGGAAAAGAGGGUCCCUUGGUACAUGUUGCCUGCUGCUGCGGGAAUAUUUUUUCCUACCUCUUUCCAAAGUACAGCACAAAUGAAGCUAAAAAAAGAGAGGUGUUGUCAGCUGCCUCAGCAGCAGGAGUAUCUGUAGCCUUUGGUGCCCCAAUUGGUGGAGUCCUUUUCAGUCUGGAGGAGGUCAGUUACUAUUUCCCACUGAAAACUUUAUGGAGAUCGUUUUUUGCUGCUUUAGUAGCUGCAUUUGUUUUACGGUCCAUCAAUCCUUUUGGUAAUAGCCGUCUAGUUCUUUUUUAUGUGGAAUAUCACACUCCUUGGUACCUUUUUGAACUGCUUCCUUUUAUUCUUCUGGGAGUAUUUGGUGGGCUCUGGGGAGCGUUUUUCAUCCGAGCAAACAUCGCAUGGUGUCGUCGACGCAAAUCUACGAAAUUUGGGAAGUAUCCUGUCCUGGAGGUUAUUAUUGUUGCAGCAAUAACAGCUGUCAUUGCAUUUCCUAACCCAUAUACAAGGCUAAACACCAGUGAGCUUAUUAAAGAGCUCUUCACAGACUGUGGGCCAUUGGAAUCCUCCUCCCUCUGUGACUACAGAAAUGAUAUGAACGCGAGCAAAAUAGUAGAUGAUAUUCCUGACCGUCCAGCAGGCACUGGAGUCUAUUCAGCUAUAUGGCAGUUGUGUUUAGCACUCAUAUUUAAAAUAAUCAUGACAGUCUUCACCUUUGGUAUCAAGGUUCCAUCUGGGUUGUUCAUACCUAGUAUGGCAAUUGGAGCAAUAGCAGGAAGGAUUGUAGGAAUUGCAGUGGAGCAGCUGGCUUACUACCAUCAUGACUGGUUCAUUUUCAAGGAGUGGUGUGAAGUUGGAGCUGACUGUAUUACACCUGGUCUUUAUGCCAUGGUUGGUGCUGCUGCGUGCUUAGGUGGCGUGACAAGGAUGACUGUGUCCCUGGUAGUUAUUGUCUUUGAGCUAACAGGAGGGCUGGAAUAUAUUGUGCCCCUAAUGGCUGCAGUCAUGACCAGUAAGUGGGUAGGAGAUGCCUUUGGUAGGGAAGGCAUCUAUGAGGCACACAUCCGACUGAACGGAUACCCUUUCUUGGAUGCAAAGGAAGAAUUUACUCACACAACGCUGGCUGCUGAUGUUAUGAGACCUCGAAGAAGCGAUCCACCUUUAGCAGUUCUGACGCAAGAUAAUAUGACAGUCGAAGACAUAGAAAACUUGAUCAAUGAAACCAGCUAUAAUGGUUUUCCUGUUAUUAUGUCAAAAGAAUCGCAGAGACUAGUGGGCUUUGCUCUAAGAAGAGAUUUAACUAUUGCAAUAGAAAGUGCUAGAAAGAAGCAGGAAGGGAUUGUUGGCAGUUCCAGGGUCUGUUUUGCCCAGCAUACCCCAUCGCUUCCAGCAGAAAGCCCUCGACCUUUGAAGCUUAGAAGCAUACUUGAUAUGAGCCCUUUCACCGUGACAGACCACACACCCAUGGAAAUAGUGGUGGAUAUUUUCCGCAAGCUGGGUCUGAGGCAGUGCCUUGUAACACACAAUGGGCGCCUCCUUGGCAUUAUAACAAAAAAAGAUAUCCUCCGUCAUAUGGCCCAGACGGCAAACCAAGACCCCGCCUCAAUAAUGUUCAACUGAAACCCAUAGCUGAGGAGAGAGAGGAAACGGAAGAGGAGGUUCAUUUGUUGAAUAGCACAACACUUUAGUCUGGGGGAUGCUCCUAAAAUCAGAGACGAUAGCUGGGUUUUUGCGUAACAGUGCUGCUGGAAAUCAGGAGUUGGUCUGGGGGAGUAUGUGGCGAGGAGGAAGGCUGAUGGGAGCGUGGGAAGGGAGAGCUGCUGUCCUGCACUGGAUGCGUCCCGAGACGUCAGGUCUGCCAUGAUAGUGCAGUGGGUGAGCCGUGCGAGGUGGCGCAAUUCUCCAGCCCCAGCCUGGUACUUCAGCAUUGAAGAGAUGUGUUAUUAGUCCCUGUUUCUGGAGGGAUCAUUCCGAAUUGAGCCAUCUUACGGAGACUGAAAGGUCUUGCCCUUUUUACCAUUGAAAACUGUUGUGUUAACUCACGAAACGUAUAAUUAUUUCACGUCACCUUUCUACAUUCCAGAAGAGCUUUAUUUCUCUCUCUCUCUCCUGAGCCGUAACAAAGCCUCUUUAAAAUUGGUGUGCCCUUUUGAAGCAGUUGUUUCUCAUAUUGAGAUGUACUGUGAGUUACUGAGGUUUGAUCACAAGAAGGGAGGUUUUUCUUGUGCCAUUAAACGUGUAAGUUUGUACAUCAUGAAAUGCUUGGGGCAGUACAGAUCCACUGCGACAAAAACAGACUGAACAGGUAGUAAACACCGUGCAGGAACCAUGUGAGACUUCUUUCAACCCAUCUGCUGUCGUGAUGUGAGAAAAACCAGAUGAAACUAGCAUUUCAAAGAAAAAGACUGUUUUUGCUGCAGAAAGUUAUCAAUAAUGCGACCUGGUCUUAUGCAAUUUUUUGUAUUAUUGAAAACACUACGAUAUAUACCAAUGUUGUGCAGUAUAAGGAAAAAUACUGCUAUUCUACUAGUUAAGAGCUGGAACAAUUCUGUAUACGUGUAUCUGGUAAAAACUGCAUGCUACAACACUGGAGAUCUUCCCCCCCCCCCUGUAAAAUUUGAAAACGGUCAUUUUUAUUUUUUCUUCUCCACAAAAGACGUUCCACUGCUGACACGGUAGGAAGAAAUCUAACUCAUAACUUGCACUAAAUGUAUAUUAUUUUUCUUGAAGUUUUACCAUUCUUUAUUUAUAUUUGUAUGGAUUAAAAAAUUAUUAAAUAUGAAUCAGUUAAUAUCUCACAUAACUAAUUACCUUUUUAAUGUGAUUUUAUAGAAUAAUUCAUAAUCCUCUGCAAGUAAUGGAGGAUUAGCAAAUGUUUACAACUAGAUGAAGGGUUUAAACAAAAUGGUUUCUUUGUGAUCCAACAUCCAUCUAAGAGCAUUUUCAAAUGCAACUUUCACUGCCGUUACCUUGAGAUUUCCUUUUUCCUUUACUAGCAGAUAACUGGAACAGUAAUAUUAAAAUUUUAUUUUAAAAAACUGCAGGGUUUUAAAAUAAUAGGAAGAAAGCAACUAUAAUUAUUAGAUUGCUUUUGACCCUUCCCCCCCCCCCCCCACUCCCCCCAAGCAUAUAGAGAUGUAAAUGAUACCUAGCCACAGAAGAUGAGCAGCGGGGCAGAAUCGAAUCCAGUACUUGAAAUUUUGGCAGGACUUUAAAAUUCAGCAGCAACACACAACACUAGCAGGUGAACUGACAGAUCCCUGACUUCUUUACUUUCUUCCUUCCAGUCACUAGAUUAGUUUGUUUCAUAUUCAUUUUAUCAAACCACCACCACCACAAACACAUACAGAGGAAAAAAGGCAAUAUGCUAUAAGCCUAAAGUUGGGAGGAAAAAAAUUAAGAAAUCUGGCUGACAAAAAUCAUGCUUUAUAAUAUGGGGUUAGAUUAAAAUGUCCUUCUUUUAACAAUUAUGCCCACAAGACUGCGAAAAUAUAACUGCUAAAAGUCUAAAAUAAUAAUCCUAGGUAUCUCUAAGGCAUUCAUCAGUGUUACCUCAAACAUCUUUAUUCACAAAGUACUCGGUAUGACUUUAUCUUAAGUACAGUAACAUACUGAAAUGAAAUUCUGGUACUUCUGGCAAGCUCCAAAAUAAUGCCUGUGCUUAAGUGCUCUGCUGAAUUUUUACUGAUUUUUCUGAGUAUAAAACUGCCAUCUACAUCUCAUCAUCUCAUCUCUUGCAGCAGCUGGAACCAGUAGAAAGUGAAAGGUGCCAGUAGGCUCGUGGUGAUCAGCCCCUGUAUUAAAAACAGGUUUGGAACUGAAACAGGCAUUGGGGCUGUGUUAACAUGGGAGCGUUGCAGCAGCUAGCUGUAUUCUUCCACGUGAAGUCAGUGCUAGUGUUUCAAAAAUGUACAUUGCAUAAGCCUGAAGAAUCUUUACAGAAGAGCAACUUCACAAAGAGCAGGAUUUGGCCCAUUUACAGAAGGCAGCUCUGGAAGUUAUCUGUGAUGCUGAUUUCUGGUGUCUAAUUUCUUUCUACAGUGGAAGAAUAUAAACGCACUACACGUAUAAAAAUUGCUUUACAUCGGUUGGAAACCUCUGCCAUUUGAUGUUUUCAUAAAACACUGCUAUGUGUACUGUAUUAACUUGCAUCUAAUUCUACAGACUGUACUGUAAAUUAAAAUACAGUUCACACCCCUGCUGUGUUUUAUAAUUUCAAUAUGGAUCCCGAGUGCUGCAUAUGAAUCGUGCAUCUCUGCUUGCUCUUCUUACCUGCUAAGCUUUCCCUGUUGACAUUUAAAAUGUCUUCUGGUAAACAUACGUUAAGAGGUUUGAUAAUGAAGUAUGCGUGCCUGUGCUGUGCAACAAAAAUUUUCUAACGUAAAACUUCCAGCGCCUUACUCAAGUUAUGAAUUUGAAAAAAAAAAGUGGUGGAUGGGAGGGGGAAAGCAUCAGCAUUUUUUUU